CUCUACACUCCACACACCACUGCAGGCUUCUGUCAUGAAGUAUGUUUCCUAAACACAUAGACGAUAAAUACAGCAGAAGAGAGAGGAUGGUCUCCAUUCUGGCAUCUUAAAAAUGAUGAAAAUCCUCUGCUGCUGAACCAUCCAGCAACACUGGAUCUUGUGGACUCACAGCCAACACUAUGUGGAAGCUUCUGUUAGCUGCUGUUAAAAAAAGAGGACACGCCAAUAAAGGAAUGGCAAUAUAUAAGAAUGGCUUGACCAUCUGCGCCCUUCUAGUGACUCUCACUAUUUUGGAAACAGGGAACUUCAGUGAUUCUUCAAGUCAGGUUUUACCGGUACACAAUGAAGAAGAACCCUUUCUACCUCACACCAGGGAGAAAAGGAAUGUGCCUACAGGCCAAUGGAAUUACAUCAUUGAUGUUGUCGUGAAUGCCUCUAAUGUAGAAACAUUUGAGCAGAUUCGGUCCUCAUUGAAUGCCACUAGUCUUCCCAAUCAACUGGAUAACAACACAAAGGUCUCUGACAUUAGCAUCACAACAGUGUGUUCCUCGACUGGAACUGGCUCCCUGUGCAGAUGUGAGGAACAUUUUGCUUGGCCAUACAGCAGCUGUGUCACAUAUGGAGCCUGUGAUCACUUAUCCAGUGGCAUCUGUAAAUGCAUCAAUGUCAUUCCAGCUGAUGGCCAGUUCUGUCAGCCAAUAUCAGCACUGCUAGCUCAGGUUGAGUAUGCAGUGGAUGUGGAGCUGAAUGUAGCAGAUUUUGAAACAGUGGACUACCUUAGGAGUUUCCUGGACAAUGGCAACGUUCCUCUGACCUUGGCUCCCACUGUGAAUGUCACACAAGUUGACAUCACCACAGUGUGUUAUCUAAAUGGUACCAACUCCCAGUGCCGAUGUGAGGAACAGUAUGUGUGGUCACAUGGAGACUGUAAUACGUAUGGAGCCUGUGAUGAGGUCAUUGACGAAACGUGUGGGUGUAUCAACAAUAUUCCAACCAAUGGGCGAUUCUGCAAGCCAAAGACAGCUCCCCCAGUUGUUUACGAAUACAUCCUUUCUGUUGAGUUGAACAUCUCAGAUGUCACACUAAUAAACCAACUCAGGAUCAUUCUGAAAAACAUCAAUCACCCCAUCAACAUCAACAACCAAAUACAAAUCAACAACGUCAACAUUUCUACAGUUUGCUCUCUGAGCAGUGGUGGUUACCAGUGCAGAUGUGAGGACCAGUAUCUUUGGUCAUGUGACCAGUGCUUUACGUACGGGUCCUGCAACAACAUCACUGAUGACACAUGUGGAUGUAUCAGUGCCAUUCCCCGUGAUGGAAUAUACUGCCAGCCUGCUGAUUGGAACAACUUCACAGCUUGUCCCCUAACAACAGUCUCUCCAUCACCAACACCAACAACUCCUCCAGUUGUUUAUGAAUACAUCUUUUCUAUUGAGUUGAACAUCUCAGAUAUUACAGUAGUAAAUCAACUGAGGAACAUUCUGAGAAACAUCAAUUACCCAAUCAGCAUCACCAACCGAAUACAAAUCAAUGAUGUCAACAUUUCUACAGUUUGCUCUCUGGGAAGUGGUGGUUACCAGUGCAGAUGUGAGGACCAGUAUCGCUGGUCAUGUGACCAGUGUUUCCUGUACAGAUCCUGUGACAACAUUACUGAUGACACAUGUGCAUGUAUCAGUGUCAUUCCUCCUGAUGGACAAUACUGCAAGCCUGCUGAUCAGCACAGAUUCACCUCCUGUCCUGUUACAACACCCCCUCCAUCACCAACUCCUCAAGUCGUCUAUGAAUACCUGAUAUCUAUUGAGUUAAACACCACAGAUGUUACAGUAAUAGAUAGACUGAGAACCUUCAGUUACCCAAUCAGCAUUAACGAUGACGUUCAAGUCUCUGACAUCAACAUUACUACAUUCUGCUCUCUGAGCAGUGGUGGUUACCAGUGCAGUUGUGAAGACCAGUAUCGUUGGUCAUGUGACCAGUGUUUCCUGUAUGGAUCCUGUGACAACAUCACUGAUGACACAUGUGGAUGUAUCAGUGCCAUUCCUCCUGAUGGACAAUACUGCCAGCCUGCUAAUCAGCACAACUUUACAGCUUGUCCUCUUACAACAACUCCAUCACCAACAGCCUCUGCAGCUCCUCCAGUUGUUUAUGAAUACAUCAUUUCUGUUGAGCUGAACAUCUCAGAUGUCACACUAAUAAAUCAACUCAGGACCAUACUGAGAAAUAUCAGUUACCCUGUCAGCAUCAACAACCAAAUACAAAUCACAAGCAUCGACCUCUCUACAGUUUGCUCUCCGAGCAGUGGUAGUUACCACUGCAGAUGUGAGGACCAGUAUCGUUGGUCAUGUGACAAGUGCUCUAUGUACGGAUCCUGUGACAACAUCACUGAUGACACAUGUGGAUGUAUCAGCACCAUUGCUCCUGAUGGACAAUACUGCCAGCCUGUUGAUCAGCACAACUUCACAGUUUGUUCUGAAACAACACCUGCUCCAUCUCCAACAUCUCCUCUGGCUCUUUAUGAAUACAUCAUUUCUGUUGAGUUGAACAUCUCAGAUGUCACACUACUAAAUCAACUCAGGACCAUUCUGAGACACAUCAGUUACCCUGUCAGCAUCAACAACCAAAUACAAAUCCAUGAUGUCAACAUCACUACAGUUUGUUACCCAAACGGUAAAACAUUCCAGUGCAAAUGUGAAGAACAGUAUCGUUGGCCCUGUCAGAUGUGCUCUACUUUUGGCAACUGUGAUGAUAUAAUUGACAAUACUUGUGAAUGCAUCAAUGCCAUUCCUCCAUAUGGGCUUUAUUGCCAGACAGUGUCCGAUCUCUUUAUUUGCCCAUCACCAAAUCCUCCAAAUGGUACAACAACUGUUGCACCAACACAGAACACUACAAUCUUAACACCACCCCCUACAGUCAUAACUGACACAACACUGAUUUAUACAACAAACUUGAACACAACACCUGUGACUGUAGUGACCAAUUCAACAUCUGUUGUGACAACAGAUAUGAACACUGCAACAGCUAAUACACCAACAGCAAGUCUAACUAGCUCAACAACAGUCUCUACAACAGCUGUGAACACAACAGCAGUUACAACAACAACAACAGCUGUAACAAACUCAACAACAGUUGCUACCACAACAGCAGUUACCACAACACCAACAAUUAUAACAAGCCCAACAACAGUCGCUACCACAGCUGUGAGCACAACAGCAGUUACAACACCAACAAUUACAACAAACUUCACAACACUUUCCACCACAGCUGUGAAUACAACAGCAGUUACUAUGACACCAACAAUUAUAACAAACUCAUCAACAGCUGGUGCCACAACUGUGAACACUACAGCAAUUACUACAACACCAACAAUUAUAACAAACUCAACUGCAGUUGCUACAACAGUUGUGAACACAACAACAGUUACCAUGACACCAACAAUUAUAACAAACUCAACAACAGCUGAUGCCACAACUGUGAACUCAACAGCAAUUACUACAACACCAACAAUUAUAACAAACUCAACUGCAGUUGCUACAACAGUUAUGAACACAACAACAGUUACCACGACACCAACAAUUUUAACAAACUCAACUGCAGUUGCUACAACAGUUGUGAACACAACAACAGUUACCAUGACACCAACAAUUAUAACAAACUCAACAACAGCUGAUGCCACAACUGUGAACUCAACAGCAAUUACUACAACACCAACAAUUAUAACAAACUCAACUGCAGUUGUUACUACAGUUGUGAACACAACAACAAUAAUAACAAACUCAACAACAGUUGCUACCACAGCUGUGAACACAACAGCAGUUACUACAACACCGACAAUUAUAACAAACUCAACAACAGCUGAUGCUACAACUGUGAACACAACAGCAAUUACUACAACAUCAACAAUUAUAACAAACUCAACUGCACUUGCUACUACGGUUGUAAACACAACAACAGUUACCACGACACCAACAACUAUAACAAACUCAACAGUUGCUACCACAGCUGUGAACACAACAGCAAUUACUACAACACCAACAAUUACAAACUCAACUUCAGUUGCUAAUACGGUUGUGAACACAACAGUUACUACGACACCAACAAUUACAACAAAUUCAACACAAAUUGCUCCAACACAUCCAAACACUACGACGGCUACCACAGUUUCACCAACAACUGCAGUAACCAAUUCAACACCUGUUGCUACAACAGAUGUGAACACUACAACAACUGAUACACCAAUAACACUUAUAACAUAUACAACAGCAGUUGUCACAACAGGUGUGAACAUAACAACAGUUCCCUCAACACCAACAACUGUAACAUAUUCAACAACAAUUGCUACAACAGUUGCCACAACACCAAUGACAACUUCAACAACAGCUGCAACACCAGUAACAACUGCAACCUCUACCCCAGCUCCAACCACAGCUCUCACAACAGCAAGAACCACCAAGGCUACUACCACAACUAUGAUGGCAUCCACCAAAGCCACUACCAGGGUUACUACUACUAUUUCCCCCACCACUACCCCCACAACUGCUACUGGUAGCAGUGCCCCUUCAACAACCAGGGCUUCCACUUCUACACCUGCAAUAACAACCAUGCCUCCUACUACAGCUGCUACAGGAUUUGAUGUGGAAAUGUCAGUCGAAUUAGACAAGGAAUACACAGCAGAAUUGAAUGAUGCAACAAGUGCAACAUACAAGGAUCUUGAAAGAAGGAUUAAUGCAGUGUUAGAGAAGCAGUAUGAAGGACUCACAGGGUUUAUCGAUGUUUCUGUGAGCAGAUUCAGAGAAGGAAGCAUAAUCACAGACUUUGUUGUUGAGACAACUGAAGUUAUUGCGGAUGAAGUGGCUGAAGCAAAUGGAAAACUCCGUGAAGCAAUGCAGCCCAUUGCCACUGUCAUUGGCCCAGUUACUGCAUCAUACAACAGUACAACUACAAUCAGCUUUCCAAGCCUUACUUAUACUGGAAACACCAUGUUGCUGACGUGUGGGCCUCCUGAAAACGUUAAUGUAGGACUAAUCUCUGGUUCUGUGUGGAAAUUUCAAGGGAGGGAAAUUAAAGAGAGUGGAAGGCUUGAAGUAACUACUUCUAGCAUGAAGUCUGUGCUUACAGUUAAGAAUGUCAUCCUUGCUGAUAUUGGACAUUAUGAAUGUACUCUGAUGGGUGGAGUCAUAAAUUUCCACCAAAAUGGAGAUAUAACAAGAAAUGAAAUCAGACCAGCUCCCAUUGUACGACUACAGAGUAGAGUUAAUGUUAAAUGUGACGGGACAGAGGAACAAAAACCACUUCAGUGUUGCGUACAGUACCCCUAUAAGGUCAGGUGGUUUUUAGACUCAACUGAUUUACCCUUAGAUGUCACUGUCACUACUAAUAAUGGAGAAACCUACUGCAUCACGCAUGAUUACCAGCUACAGAGCUGCAGCGAGUCACAGUCAAUACAGUUUACUUGUAAAGUAGAUGACCCUGAGGGUUAUGAAAAGACGACAAAUAUGAUCAUUUUCAGAGAGGAAUUUAAAUGUAAGGAUCCACCAUAUGGGACUGGACGAGUGAACGACAUAUCAACCAUAGGAUGUGACAAUGGUCAAGAGGGGAGCAGGACUGCUGUCUGUCAGGAAACAGGAGAGUGGAACAUUUUGGAGGACACCUGCAUCAUAACACAAAUCAAGGAAUUAUUAAUUGAUUCAGAGGAUUUGGUUGUGGAGGAAGUACCAGUCUUUGUGGUGAAUCUAAGUGCCACUGUCAGAGAAGAAAAAACAGAAGUUGCAAAUUCAUCUGCAACCAUAUCAGCUAUUGUUGACAUCAUACAAAACAUUGCAACUGUUUCCACUGAGGAAGUCACUCGGCCUGUCAUAGAGAAUAUACUUGAAACAGUUGAUGUCAUCAUUGGUGAUGAUUCAAGAGAAUCCUGGGCAGUUCUGAAUGCAAAUCAAACUCGCAAUGCAAGCUCAGAAUUAUUGGCAUCACUGGAGUCCCUCUCUAAUGGGUUGGUCGGUGAGUUUGACUUUGCAACUGAACGGAUCCUGCUCAACAGAACCACGUUUAAUAACUCCUUCAGGGCCGAUCUGAACAACAGCAUCCUCAUAGACAUUCCAGAUACCAACUUGUUCAACGUCUCUAUCACUACCAUCACCUUCUCCACCCUUUACAAUGUUAUGCCACCACGAAACUCCAGCUUUGAAGUCAGCCUCUUCAACACCACCAGUAACGACACUGUCACUGCUAAUGCCAUCAAUGCUGCUGUGGUGCUGGUCCAAAUAAAUGAAACAAUUAGGAAUGUUACGUUGAGCUACGACAAGCUAAACAGUUCCCUUUCACUAUACCCACAGUGCGUCUUCUGGAACUUUACACUCUUUGAUAAACUGGGUGCUUGGGAUGAUAAGGGUUGUACGUUUGUUUCCGACAUAAACAACACCAUAACCUGCAGCUGUAACCAUCUCACCUCCUUCUCAAUUCUGAUGGCAACAGACAUCCCUCAAGACCUGAUACUAGCCUUGGAUAUAAUCACUUAUGUUGGAGUUGGGAUAUCUCUGGCAAGCUUAGUUGUAUGUCUCAUUAUUGAAGGAUAUGUUUGGAAAGCCAUUACCAGAAAUAGCACUGCCUUCAUGCGUCAUGUUUCCAUCAUUAACACUGCCCUGUCCCUGUUGAUUGCUGACAUCUGUUUCAUCAUCGCUGCCUCAAUUGCUAAGAACCCCCUUGAAAACCCAAGGGAGGACUAUACAGUUUCAGUUGGACCAUGCAGCACGGCAACAUUUUUUAUGCACUUUUUCUUCCUUGCGCUUUUCUUUUGGAUGCUUGUGUCAGGCCUUCUGCUCUUUUACCGGACGGUCAUGGUUUUCUCCCACAUGUCCAAAUCAACCAUGUUGGCCAUUGGCUUCACUUUAGGCUACGGGUGCCCUCUGAUGAUAGCUGUUAUUACUGUUGCUGUCACGGCACCAAACAAUGAAUACAUCAGGAGAGACCAGGCUUGUUGGCUCAACUGGUUCGAGUCCAUGGCCCUGCUGGCCAUGGUGAUACCUGCCUUGACUAUAGUUUUCAUCAACAUUUUAAUUGUAAUUGUGGUCUUGUUCAAAAUGCUGAGAAGGGGUGUUGGAGAUGCUGCUCAAACAGAUGAAAAGCAUACAAUGGUGGUCAUUAUAAGGUGUGUGGUCAUUUUGACUCCUUUAUUUGGACUGACCUGGUCUUUGGGAGUGGGAACCAUGAUAUCACCAACAGAUAGAGGAAUCCAUAUUGCCUUUGCAUUCUUCAAUUCACUACAGGGUUUCUUUAUUUUAGUAUUUGGGACACUGUUUGACUCAAAGAUCCGUUCUAUCCUCUCAAGAAAGUUACCUACAUCAAGCACAGGCUCUGGCUCUAACCCAGCAAGAAGUACAAGUACUGGCAUUUCUUCUGUCAGUGGACUAAGCUGGAUAAGUCGACUGCGUGGAAGACGAUAUAUCUACCGCGUGUCAGAAGCUGCUAACUCAAGCAGUACUGGUGCAUCAGAGUCAUUCAUCAAUAUCUGAAUCAACGCAAACUGUACACAUAAAAUUAAUUUCAUUACUGAAUCAAAAGAUCUACCUUUUAUUGUACGAUUUCUCAGUACAUAACCAGAAACUUAAAAGCAUUAACUUCACUAGGGUGAUACUGUUAAAGCUGGUGCAAUAAGACUGGUCAGAAGAAAAUAGUGUGGCCCCAAAGAGCAUUAGAAGAUGUUUGGAUAGUGAUGUUAUUUCUGUGAUGGGAAGCUCUAGCUCUAGCUAGUAUGACUUAUCUGAAAUGUAAAGUUCAGUGACACAAUGUGGUGAAUAAAACUGUGAAAUGGUAUUUGAAA